UCAAAAAUCAGCUGGAAGCUCCAGAACGACUCGAAACGGUUCAAAACCGUGUCCAAUCGAUUUGGGAGGUCAAAAAUAGGGUAAUUGUCAGAAUUUCAGCUCUCAAGACCAUUUCGAUAAAAUUUUGAUUUUUUUCUCAUUUUAAGGCCAAAAUUAAUUUUUAAAAAUUUUCCAAAAAUCGAAAAAUACACUUUAGCACCUGAAACUUGUGCUGGUGAUAUAUUUUUGCAUGCUCUUUCGAUUUAGUAAAAAUCCUGCAUACAUUAUAGUCACCUAAAUGAAACACCUCUGUGCCAUAUAUACGAAAAAAUAUGUACUUAGUUACUAGAUAAUGAACUGGCGUACGUAAGAUAGGCACAUACAGGUUCACUGCAUCCAAUAAAAUGGGUAUCAUUGACCAGUAAACUGAGCAAGAAAAAUCAGGCACAAUUAUUCGCCUUAUCUUGAUACACACAGCACGUCAGUAUGCAGUUAUUUCAGUCUCAGCCCACAGCCUACCAUUUCAAAUCGUUCAACCUGCUGAAGAUCGCCUUUCGCUGGCGAAUAUCUUAUCAUUCAAUAAUAAUUGGAUGGAUUUAUGUACAGCGAGCGCUUUAGGAAUUCAAGACUUCGUAACAACAAAUUUAAAAAGGGAUCCGGCGCAGGCUUUGUAUACGAAUGAUAAAUCAUGGACGCCUUUGAUGUACGCGUGUAUUUAUUGUCGAGAACAUAUCGUUUCUGCGAUCGUGAACAUGGUUCCAUCGAGUAUUUAUUCCAUAAAUGAUAAAAUGCAAACGUCUUUAAUGCUGUCGUGUAAAUCUGGAGACUUGAAUAUCGUUAAAUUAUUGACAAAGAAAGAAAUUUUAGAAUGUAAAGAUACCAAAGGCUGGACGGCAUUAUUUUACGCUGUAAUUUACGACCACGUUGACAUUAUUUGUUAUUUAAUGAGAAAAGGAGCUGACGUUAAUGCCAGAGACUAUAGUUCGUGUACAUUAUUAAUGACAGCUGUUAAGCAAGGAAAAGAGAAUAUUGUCGAGUUAUUACUCGGAUUUGGAGCUGAUUAUCAAAUGACAACGAACACUGGGCUAAAAGCCAUCGACAUUGCCUUUGAAUUGAAAUAUUUCAAAUUAGUUAAUCUAUUAAGUAUUCCUGCAGCGACUAAUUUGGAAAGCUUAAUGCAUUGUCUUUGUUUGGACAAGUAUACGCCGGUUUUCACACAACAAGGAAUAGAUUUGAAUCAAUUUUUGAAAUUUUCUGAAGAUGACUUGAAACGAAUAGGAAUCAACUUGUUAGGACCCAGAAGAAAAAUGUCGCUGGCGAUUUAUAAAUUGAAUUAUUUGAAAAAUCUUGAAUUAAGGCUACAAGACAAAUUAGCAACUUUUUAGACUAUUAAAUAGCUUUUUAGAAUUUAAGUAGGUAUUAAUUUUGUAUUAUAUUAAUCUAUCGUGAAUUUAAUUCUUUCAAUGUAUACUUAGUAUUUUUUAUAUGAAUAGUGAAUGACUAUAUCGUUUUUUAACUAAAAUUAUAAAAUCGUGUUGUAAUGUUG